AUGUUCAAAAAAGUCGAUGUUGCGCGCAAACUCAUCAUUGAAGAUAGACAUGUGACAUACCGCGAGAUUGAGGCGUCCUUGAAGAUCUCAAAGAUCUCAAUUCAAAAAAUUUUACAUGAAGAAUUAGGAGUAAGAGAAUUAGUUUCUCGUUGGAUACCCCACCUGUUGACUGAAGAGCAGAAAGCAGCCAGGGUUAAUUGGUGUCAAAAAACGCUUGACCAUUCCAAUUCCGAAAACUCAAAAAAUGUGUACCGCAUUUUUAGUGGUGAUGAAUCAUGGAUUUACUGUCAUGAACCAGAAAAUAAACGACAGUCGGCUGUUUGGCCAACAAAAGUCAUCCGUUCUCGAAGUGUUUCGAAAAAGAUGGUCGCGACAUUUGUGUCAAAAGCGGGUCAUAUUGCAACAAUUCCUCUUACUGAGCAAAUAACUGAUACUACGGAUUGGUAUACCACCAUUUGUUUGCCAAAAGUCAUCACCGAGCUUCGAAAAAUCAACCCCGAAAGAAGAAUCAUCUUCCACCAAGACAAUGCAAGCUCGCACACAGCCCAAAAAACAAGGCAGUAUUUAACGGAAGAAAACGUGGAAUUAUUGGACCAUCCUCCAUAUAGUCACGAUCUAAGUCCUAACGAUUUCUUUACUUUCCCGAAAACUGAAAACAGACUGUGUGAAGCAGUUGACGCAUUCAACAAUGCCUGCUUCGAAAAUUGGUUCGAGCGCAUGCAGAUGUGUAUUAAUCUUCGUGGAGAAUACUUCGAAAAACAAUAA